AAGGACCAUCAGCCUCCGUCGCUGUCCCGGCGGCUAGUCGUGUGUGAGCCGCCACCACCGCCGUUGUUCGUCGUCGUCCGUCGCGGCCGACGUCCGCUCGUCCACUGUCGUCGUCGUCUUUUCGCUCGUAGUCGGUGUUCAGGUCUUCGACUAUAUAUAUAUAUAUAUAUAUACGGGUUUGCGGGUUCUUUUGAAGUCUCGUUCGAGUCCUUCCUCGCUCUUCACUCCGUCUUCUCACCGUCCCCGGCGACCGGCGAAUAAUAUCCUUCUACGUCAGAUACGUGCGAUAAUACCUGUGCCUAUAUUAGUGUGUACCUAUAUCGUUUACCGUUCUGCGUCGUAGUAUUUUUCGUCUCUUCUUCGCGUCUCCCGAGCAAAACGACAAUAAAUACCACAUAGGACGUACCGUCGAUCGCACCACGACCGCCGCUGCCGCGUCACCGCGUGUACCGCAGAUACACCGGUGCCGGUAAUGGGUGGCCGAUACCGCCGCGAGCCUUUCACGUCGUCGUCGUCGUCGUCGGUGUCACGACGGAAACAGUCGUUGAUGACCAUCGCCACUGCCGCGGCUGUCACCACCGUACGCUGAGAGACGCUACAACAGCCAAAGGCCGCGGUAGCGAUGACGGCGACGAUUCCGUGCAACUGGUGGCCGCGUCGCCGGCGGUCCGUCAAACGGUGGUCCGUUCGUCCCGUGCCGGUCGUCCCUCCGCGAAGUGGUCAUCGCGUCCCGGCGUGAUUGUCGUCGUCGUCGUCGGUUCUGGUGGUCGCGCGCGCACCGUCCACACGCGCGAUGUUGUCGCCGUCCACGACGUUCUCGUCGUCUGCAAAGUCCGUCGCCGUGCUAUUCCUGUUGGCGGUCUUGAAAAUAAAAGAGAGCGUUCAAGGUAGAUUCGAAAGGCAACUCUUGGAUGACCUCUUAAUAGAUUACAACCCUCUGGAGAGACCUGUAUCCAACGAAUCCGAUCCACUUGAAGUUACAUUUGGUAUCUCGCUACAGCAGAUAAUAGACGUGGAUGAAAAAAAUCAAAUCGUUAUAACAAAUGCUUGGUUAAAUAUGGAAUGGGUGGAUUACAAUAUGAGGUGGAACAUUUCCGAGUAUGGUGGUGUCAAGGAUCUCAGACUCAAUCCAAAUCGACUAUGGAAACCAGACAUACUCAUGUAUAACAGUGCCGAUGAAAAAUUUGAUGGCACUUAUCAAACUAAUGUGGUAGUGAGGCACAAUGGUACAUGCCUAUACGUGCCACCUGGUAUUUUCAAAAGUACAUGUAAAAUCGACAUCACAUGGUUCCCAUUCGAUGACCAAAAUUGUCUUAUGAAGUUUGGUAGUUGGACAUACAACGGUUUUCAGAUUGAUUUAGUGCUCAAAUCAGAUGGCGGCGAUUUAUCAGACUUUACAACGAACGGCGAAUGGUAUUUGUUAGGUAUGCCUGGAAAAAAGAACGUGAUAACGUACGGCUGUUGCCCAGAACCGUACGUGGACAUCACGUUUAUCAUAAAGAUUAGACGGAGGACGUUGUAUUAUUUCUUCAACCUGAUCGUGCCAUGCGUACUCAUAUCGUCGAUGGCUCUACUGGGCUUUACACUGCCUCCGGACUGUGGUGAAAAGCUUACACUAGGUGUCGCAAUACUGCUUUCACAAGUAGUUUAUCUAUUGCGGUUGGCAGAAGUGUUGCCAGAAUCCUCUGACGCUGUACCCUUGUUAGGUACCUACUUCAAUUGCAUCAUGUUUAUGGUGGCUUCGUCGGUAGUACUCACAUUGGUGGUGCUCAACUAUCAUCACCGAACAGCUGACAUACAUACAAUGGGACCAUGGGUUAAGUGUUUUUUCCUCCUAUGGUUGCCAUGGAUCUUAUGUAUGCAAAGGCCAGGUAAAGACAUAUCGUUCAAAGCCAUCAGAAGUAGAUAUACAGAUCGAAGAGGUAUAGAACUCCGAGAGCGAUCGUCAAGAAGUUUAUUAGCAAAUGUUCUUGAUAUCGAUGAUGAUUUUCGAGCAAGUGUCCUGUCACACCGCGUGUACAACAACGGAGCUGCCAGUUCUUCGUCGCCGGCGUCCGAGUCGAGAAGCGUUUGCAACUACUCGGCCAGGGAACUGCAACUGAUACUGCAAGAAGUGCGGUACAUCACCGAUCACAUGCGAAAGCAACAGGACGACCAAGAAGUGAUCAACGAUUGGAAAUACGCAGCGAUGGUGGUGGACAGGUUCUGUUUGAUAGUGUUCACUUUUUUCACACUAGUCGCUACCGUUGCCGUAAUGUAUUCGGCGCCUCACAUAAUCGUUGAAUGACUUAGACAUUGUGUUCACUUCCUGGAUGUCCGUACGGUAGUCACGAUUUUGUUAAAUAUUUAUUUCAGAGAGUACGAGUUGUUUUGAAAUAUAAUAUUAAAAGUUUUUUUUAUAAUACCGCUAAAAAAUCGACGAAGAGCUUAGAAAAAAAAUUUCAACGAUACACAACGCAUUUACAGGGUGUUAAAAAGAUCCCGGGCUAAGAAUGAGUCCUUCUAAAUAAUUAAAUUACAGUGUUUUAAUUUUAAUCAUCCAAAGUACACCCUGUUUUUACUUUGAAUAUUAUUUAGAUUUUUUUUUUCCUUUUUGAGUACAAUAACUUUAAACGACAUAGUUAUGAAAAAAAAUUAUUUAUUUAUUUGAUCAUUUUAUAAUAAUUAACAAUUUAAUCAAAAUGGUUAUUAUUCUUUUCAUUAUUAUUUGGUACUGUAAAAAUUAUCACUACUGCCCACAAUAUUUUUAAGUUAUAUAACUUAAAUAUAAUUUUAAAUUAUGAGUAUUUUGAAUAUCUACAAUUAUUAUUAUAAAUAAUUGUCGUUCAUAAUAUUAUAUAUUAUGCGAGGGUUAAAGUAUACAAAUGUUAUAUUAGGUCCUUUAACAAAUUUAUUUGCCUAAUGCCUAGAUGAAUUCUUCUAUAUAUUUAUAAGUUUUUAUGGUGAAUUAUUUUUAACACUCGCAAUUCUAAUAUUUAAAAAUCCGUAACGUAUUAUUUUUUUAGAAAAUUGUUUGAUACUAAUGGUUGGUGGAUAUUAACAGCGAUACACGAUCUCGGGUAAUUUUAUAAUACCCAAAAAGUUAUAAUAUAUACUAAACUAACCAUUAAUUUUAUUUUAAAUAUUAAGUAGGUUUAAAAAUUAGCCUGUGUCUAUAUUUAGUAUUUACCUAUUAUAUAAUAUAACCUUCACCACUAUACUAUAUUUAAAUCCAAAGUAGAAUAUCUUAAGAUUUGUUAAUCAUGUGAAUUGGUCUUUCCAGCAUUAUUUUCACCACAAUAAAAACAAUGUCAAAAAGAUUUUUAUUUCACAUUGAUCUAAUUAAUAUUAUUAAUGAUUAUUUUGAAUACGAGUAAGUUAUAAAUUAGUUUUUUACAUUUUAAAAUCGUCAAAGUAUUAAGUAAUAACGUAUCUUAAAAUAUUAAUUAAAUAAUAAAGGUAAUAAGUAUGAAGCUAUUAUUUUGUAUACUCAAAUACAGUUUGUGAGAAACAUGGAAAAUAAAAAAAUAGGUAAUAACAACUAUCCGUAAAUAAAACGUUUUGAUAAUUAUUUUAAGGGAAAUUACACCAAAUCGUUAGCUCCUUAAUAUAGGCAAUGUUUAGAGGGGGCCAUUAAAGGAUUGAAAACCGAAAUAUAUUAUAUUAAACCCAAAUUAUUGAUAUUACGUCAUGUUACAUCAGAUUAGAAAUGUUUUUGGAUACGCAUGAAUGUAAAGAAAAAACUCUAAUACCAACAUCUCAUUUCAAAAUUGUUUCAUUAUAAAACAACCACUACGUCUUGUAGUAUUUUGUUGAUAAAGUAAUAUGGUGGUGAAUUACAUUUGUUCAAUAUAUUAACCUAUAUUAAAAAAAAAAAAAAAAAAAAAAAUAUUUUUAAGUAUAAUGUUUUAUGGGAAAGUAAAAUGUUGUUGUUUCAAUAAGUUAGUGAAGACUUCCAAGCUUUUUAAUUAAUAUAGAAAAAUAAAUUUUAAUAAUAUUUAUUUAAUUUUUAUAAUAAUAGUUUUUUUAAGUGUUAUUAUUUUAUUACGAAUAAUAAAAUAUAAAUAAUCAAUAUUAUUCACCUACCAGCUAUAUCGUUAAUGAGCUUGUUUAAAAGAUUAUAAAGUAUAUUUCAUCGUUACCACAAUCAUUUAAGUUUAUAUUAUUUAUUAAGUAUUUUAACCCUAUCAGAUCUUAAGUUAAUAUAUUCAUUGAUUAUAAUUUUCAUUAAUAGUGAAUAUGAAAAUAUAUAUAUUGGUAUUUCAAAUGUUUUUCUAUUGGUAUUGAAAUAAUCACACUUAAUAGUAUCGCUAAAUUAUUGAAUAUUGUAUAAAGUAAAGAUAAACAUUAUAAAAUAUUGAUUCAUAACUUUAUUGAAUUGGGAUUAACUGGAUAAAAAUGUGUUCAAUUUUUUUUAUAUAUAUGUCAUUCAUCACCAAAUGUUUUACUGUUAAAUUUAUUUUACUUAGGCAUUUAUGAUUACUUUUCAAUAGAAUUCAAAAACUAAUAAAACACCUUACUAUUAAAUAAUUUUCAUAGAACUUAUCAGUUAUGAUUAAUUAAACAUUAAAAUUAAAAUGUUUCAUUCAAUUUGUAUUUACACUGUGAUACAUUUUAAAUUAAAUUUAAACAAUAAUAUAUAUUAAAUGUCAUUAACUAUACUAAUUUGAUUAAAACGUAUAACAGAAUAAUUUUUUUUAACUGAAUACUUGAUAACACUUCAAAUAGAAACGUUAUUAUUAACAAAACAAAAAAAAACUAUAAUUAUUUUAAAGAUAAUUAUUAAAUAAAUACCCACGAUAGUAAUAAUAUAAUUUUUGUUUUUAAAUAUUACUUAUAAUUUUUUUUUUUUUUUGUUAUUGUUUAUAACCAUUAUAUUCUCAUUACAGUUUACUUUUUUUCUUGGUAUUUUAGAUCUUACAGGUACUUGAUUAUGUUAAAAUAUUAGGAAUAUUGUAAAUAGAACGACAGGUAUUUUUGGUGUUGACCAGUUGUCAUCAACGGCUGUUAUCGGGAUUUUAAAAAUGUACCAGUUACUCUCUAUCAAAUAUACCAAUAAUUUCCCUCACAUGUUAAAAUAUAUAUGUCAUAGGCCAUGUGGAAAAUUUGUUUUUUUGCGAAAAGACUAGGCCCGUUUGCAAAUUACUUAUUAUUUUUCUGAACAGCCUGCUGUUUUUCAAGCUCAUUGAAUAGAGACUAACA